AUGGUACACGAAAUUUACGAUUACUCCUUAGACCAACUCACUGCUCUUGAAGAAGGUACCGUCUUUGAAAAGUUUGAUGCCGAAGUUGCAUGGAAACUUGGUAGUUAUGCUCGAGAAGUUUCCCUUCAAAAAUUUCCAAACAAGGCAGUCAUCAUUGACAUCACAUUGAGCUCCGGUCACAUUUUAUUCCACACUGCCUCUCUUCCAGGUACCACAAUUGAUAAUGACAAAUGGGUUCAAAGAAAGGUCAAUACUGUCUUUAGAUUUGGAAAAUCCAGUUUCUUUAUGGGCCAAAAAUUGAGACAAAAGAAGCAGCCAUUGGAAGAUGUGUACUUCAUUUCAUCAAAUGAUUUUGCCACUCAUGGGGGAAGUGUUCCUAUUAGAGUCAAAUCACAUGAUGGUGUUAUUGGAGCUUUGACAAUUAGUGGUUUAGCUCAAGAAGAAGAUCACUUGUUAGCUGUUGAAAUUUUAAAGCAAUUCAACAAAUAA